GCAAGACUGGCUGUGCAUGCGAGAUGAGACUCGAAUGUCGGACAUGGGUUGCUAGGACUGUCUAGCAUUUUGCGUGGCAGCCUCGUUCAUGUUACCUCAAGUCAAUAUGCCAGUGGUUGAACACAAUAAAGCUUAAUCUAUUUGGUCCGCGCAAGCCGUCGACGCCAACAAGGUGACAUGCGUGCAGAAUCAUGCAAGCAGCCGUAGAUGCUGCAGACAUAGCUCUCACCGGUACUUUACCCCCAGCCCCAGCCAGCAGCGCAAACCUGCUGCUAUAUCCACUCUUUACGAGCAUCGCAACCUUGGCCGCCUGCCGAUCGGCAUUAGCCCCGACAGGCCGCAGGGCUCCCUCCUCCAGCGCCUCUGCCGCUUUAAGCUUUGUUGUAUGGCUUCGCCCCUUCGCCGGGGUAACUACACAAUAUGGCCGGCCAAGAGCCUAGUGCCGAACACCGCUCGGAGCUGGCAUGGAAGGAAUAGCAGGCCAUGCAAUUCGACCCAGAGUGAGGUCAUAGGGUCACUUUUGCAUGUCGAUAUUUUGGGCCGUUUGCUUCGAACCUGCUCGAGUAUAAGUAGGAGCUUGUCUGCCACCGUUCCAUAGACUUGCCUUCCCUCAUCAUCCUCACACACUUCCACACAUCUCAAUACCAUCUUAUUCAAUACCCUUCUCUCACCACACACAAACACAACUUUACCUUCACAAUGCAGUUCACCAAGACCAUCGUUGCCGCCAUCCUGGCCACCGCCGUCUCUGCCGCUCCCACUGCCGAGCCUGACUGGACUAUCAAGGGCCUGAAGCGUGCCUGCGACGGCACCAAGUCCUGCACCUGGAACUUCACUGUCGAUACCACCAAGGAGAAGACUGACUGCAAAUACGUUGUCUUCUCCAGCGGCAGCACUCCCGCCGACCAGGCCAACGGCGGCCCUUCCACCUGCGGUCCUUACACCGUCACCUCUGGCUGGAGCGGUCAGUUUGGCCCUGACAACGGCUUCACUACCUUUGCUGUCAAGAACGACGCCAAGAAGCUCAUCAGCUACCCUGCUUAUACCGACAAGGAGGUCAAGGAUGGCAAGACUGUUGCCGACAAAUCCUUCAAGGUUUACACCUUCUAAGCACGCUGCAAGAUUCCUGUAAUAAAGAUACCAUAAUGAUGUCGGAAGGUUGGCGGAGAUUGUUUAUAGACCUAUACAAAAUAUAAUAAUGUAUUAUUUCUCUCUCUACCAUC